GUUUCCUUAGAACUCUUAUCUCCUGUCCUUUUUGGUUUGGGGAAAAAAAAAAAAAUUAGUGCAUUGAUUCUGAAUUUUAAGACACCGUUUUAUAAGCUGUAGUGCAAAUGGAUCUGUCUGUGUCUUUAGUUCUCUGUUCGGCUGUGACGUCAACGUUGGGGUCUGCUUUUGGGAGGGAAAUGCUGGCAUCUGCAAAUAACGAUUUGAAAGAUUAUGACAGUCCAUUUCAUUAUGAUUACGAAUCCCUGCGCAUCGGAGGUCUGAUCUUUGCUGUGGUUCUCUUCCUCAUGGGAAUCCUCCUCAUCCUCAGCAGAAAAUGCCGGUGCAAAUUCAACCAAAACUUGCGGACUGGACCACCUGAUGCAGAAGGAAGAGCCGUAAAAUGAUGGGAAGACAAAGGUUACAUCAGGUCUGCUUGCAGUACCAGAUCGUGUCACUAGAAAGCAGCCUAUGGUGGUAGAAGCUGAGCUCCCUUUCAAAUGAGUUUUUAAAACACACAAAACUUCAGUCAUUUGCUUCCAGCUCUUUUGGUGUCUUUGUGCAUCUUCCUUUUGUUUGCUUUUCAUGUCUUCUCAGUAUUUUCUAUACAGAAAUUUAUAUGUAAUUGUAAUUUAAAUUGCUCCCUUCUUAGGAGGCUGACAAAUAUUUGGGAUGCUUUUAUUCAGUAUUAUCAGAAUGUGUCCUGUGGCCAAUUACAUGUAAAAUCUAUUAUUUAAAGAUUUUCAUUUUCAAUCAUUAAAAAAAUUCCAUAAGGAAUAUAUAUGGUUGUUGCACAGAUAUUUGCAGAUUUGUGAUUUAAUAACAUUGUUAGUUUAUACCCAUUUUCAGUUUGAUAAGUGGUCUGCUAAGCAGGUCAGGAGAAAAUAUGGCCUGGCACCUUCAAGCUUUCUAGAAUCAGUAAGCAUUGGUUACUGAAUUGUCUCCAGGGCUUUUCUAAGCUUGUUGCAGAUGAUUUUGUGAUACAGUAUAUUUGUACUUUGCAUUUUUUUUUGUUCGUUUUAUCAAUAUUGCAGUGGGGCCUAGGAAGUUAGCCAACUUAGUGGAAUAUAUUGAAAAGCCAAAGCAAGAUGGGAAAUCCUUUGCCAUUGAAUGUCAAGCUUGUGUUGAAGCAUUGAAGGUUGUUAAGGUUCAAAGAAACAUGCAUCUUUGCUGUAGUUUGAAAGUGUAUAACUGUUCAUGUUAUGCAGACAAGACAGAGAAACAUAGAAAUGUCAUCUGAUUCUGUACAUGUGUGGGACUGAGUAAUUUUUUGAAUGUUGAGGUUUCUUGAUAAAUCCCUUUCUGACUGAACAUAAUGUGAAAAACUUCACAAUACAUUCUAACAGCUAGUAGAUAUAAAGAGCUACAGAGGAAAAAAAAAAAAGUACAGGAGUUUUUGUUUGAAUGCUCACAGUAAGCCAGAAUGGAAUAACAUGAGAAUGUAUCCAUACAUCUUUUGGAACAAUGUUAUUCAAAUUAAUGACAUUCUGUUGCUGUACUCAGUGAUGUUGUGUUAUAGAUCCUUUGGAAUAAUGUCUUAAAUGUCCAGGAAAUUACUCCCACUUACUUUGAGUGACAAAGUCAGAGGACAGCACUUCUCUUGAUCUGGCUGGUGUAUGAAAGUUUGAUGGGCAUUGGCCCUGUUCUGCUGAGAUGACUGCUGAUCAUUUUAUAGCACUAAGAACUUGCCAUAAAUCCACUGUUACACUGUCUGCAAUCCAUAUUAAACAUCAGUGACUAGUG